GCCCACCACCGUCAUUGCCCGACUUUCUGUCUGCCCGUCGAGAGCAGUCGCGUCCAAUGCGCGCCCCUACAAACACCCGCCGUGCCCCUCCUCCGUCGCUCGACAGCCCUUGAUAAGCCUGGCCGCCCUCGAUAAGCGUGCUGAACCACGGUAUUGUCCCUGUGUCCCACAAUCACACCCACACAAACACUGGUCAACAUCCCGCCCUUCGCGCCUCCACCUCCACCACCACCACCACCGCCCAACAUGCCCCCCCAGGCCGGCAUCAACGGCGUCCUGCCCGUCGCAGUCCUGCAGAAGAACGCCCCCGCGCAACCCCCCCGCGGCCCCAAGGCUGCCCAGCCGCGCCUCAAGCUCAUCUGCCGCCGCCUGCCCCCGGGCAUGACCAGGGCCGAGUUCGAGGCCGUCCUGGGCGACGAGUGGAAGGCCGGCGCGGGCAAGGUCGACUGGCUCAACUACCGCAAGGGCAAGAUCUCCAAAGACGUCGCCAAACCCUCCAAGCCAGCCAGGGCCUACUUCCACGUCACCAAGCAGGACCACGUCAAGCUGCUCGGCGACCACGUCCGCGCCGCCACGUUUCAGGAUGCCGCAAAGUCCUGGCAGGACCCCGCCCUCGUCGGCCCUCCCACGCUCGAAUACGCCCCCUACCCCAAGAUGCCCGGCGGACGGCGGAGGAACGACAACCGACAGGGUACCAUUGACCAGGACCAGGAGUUCAAGGACUUUUUGGAGAGUCUGACGAACCCCAUCAUGAAGCCCGCCGCCCCUGAGAGCGAUGCGCAGAAGGGAGAAAAAGUCAAGACCACGCCUCUGAUCGAAGCGCUGCGAGAGCGCAAGGCAAACAAGGACAAGCCCGUCACCAAAGCUUCCAAGAACGCCCGUGGAGACGCCAAAGACGACCCCGCCGACAAGAAGAUUCUGGCCAAGCCUGGCAAGGAGAACGCGCUCAAUGCAGGAGACAAGAACCGCCGACUCGGCAAGGCUGACAAGACCCAAGCAACCAAAGAGGCAGUCAAGAUCCUGAACAAGGAAGCGUCGUCGAAAGCGGCAGCUGCGAAUAGUGCCACCGACAAGGCCUCUGCCAGUCCCGCCCCAGAGCGCAAGCGCGGCAAUGUUGCACUUGCCAAGUCGAUGCUCCAACGCGACCUCGGCGUUGGCCCUGCUCCCAGCCGUCGACGUGGUACCAAGCGCGAGGUCGCCUCUGCUGUCCCAGAGGCCGGCACUCCGAGCAAGAACACCACGACAUCAGAUCAAAAGACCAAGGAAAACUCUAUCCCGUCGGCACCCUCCACGCCAGCCCCAGAAAAGGCGGCGCAAGCACCUCCCAGGAAGGAACGUCCUACCCGCGCCGAGCGCCGUGCAUUCAAGGCCACCUUGACCGACAAGCCCAACAACAAGGCUGCUCCAGACGACACAAAGACACAGACCCAGACGCCAACCAAGGCUGCAACGGCCCCAGCUCCUCAGAUACUGAAGAAGCCUCAGCCUGCGCAGACUCCCACAGCUCCCAAGGGCCCGGCUGCUACACGAGUUCCACCCACCGAGCCCGCCGCUGCCAGGGCACCUCCCGCUGCCACACACGCACAAGCAACUCCAACAAAGACUGUUCCCGCGCCUCCAGCCCCUUCAGUCAAACCCACUCCAAGGACUACAGCAGCCCCGCCAGUCCCUUCCCCUACCAGCAGACAGUCGUUCCUCAAACACGCCAACCCCUCCCAGGGCAUCACCGAGCCACUCAUUGAGGAGGCCCUGAAGGUUUUUGGAGCCAUUGAGAAGGUGGAGAUUGACAAGCGCAAAGGGUUUGCCUAUGUCGAUUUUGUUGAGCCAGAGGGCUUGCAGAAGGCCAUGGCCGCUAGUCCUAUCAAGAUCGCCCAGGGCGCUGUCCAGGUGCUCGAACGCAAGGAAAAGGUCGCCCGCAAUCCACGGUUCACCGGGCCUCCGACGGGACCUGCUCGUGGUGGUUCAGUUAGUCGCGGUAGCUUCGCACCUCGUGGACGUGGACGCGGCGGUGCGAGGGGUGGCCAUGUCGCAGCCGGUCCGGUCACAGGAGGUGGCGAUUCGGCACCAGCUACGCCCGCAGCAGCUCCCCCUACUCCCGCACCUGCUGCCAGUAGUAUCGCCGCAACCUGAGCUUCGAGUUGAAGUAUCAUCAAGACUCUGCGAACCACGAGUAUGGAACAUGGCGACUUGAAACCAAUUCAGCACGGCGACAUCACGACAUCUCAGAUAUCGAUUACACCGAUAUAUUUAUCAGAUGACAGGUGUCUUGCAUAGCAUUUUGACAGUCUACAUCUACAACAUGCUAUCUGUGGGAGUAUGCAUUACAGAUGGACAUUGCCAUGGGAAUUGGAAGAAGAGGCAUUGAGAGGGUUUUGGGGUAUCGGCAUGGAAGUAUGCGAUAUGAGGUAUGAUAGCUGGGUAUGAUUGUGAGGGUGAGAAGCCAUAUCUUGGGAUAGCUCGACAGGGAAUAUUGACGUAGGUAGUGAUUAAUCAACGAUAUGUAUACUCAUACUUGUGUUGCCAGCUUUGAAGACCUCGUAUAAGACUUGACAACCUCAGCAAGUUGUGCAGGCUUUAAGCUGUAAAC